GAAAAAUAACAGGUUAAAAAUAAUAAAAAUCAAUUUCCAUUUUCCAGAACAGUACAGAUUUCAGAGAACCUAGGAAUUUUUAGCAAGUUAUUUCAUAACCGGCUUGUAAAUAUAUCUGCGAACGUAACUACUCAAGAGAUUAUUCAUACAGAACUGUAUUCCGCUAAUUCAUCGCUUUUAUAAUAUUUUUAUCGGUGCGACGAAAAUAAAUCAGUUGAUAUUUUCUACGCAAAAAGUAAACACAACACGGUUGCAUCAUAAUGUUGUCUCGAAUGUGUCUAGCCCGGUCGGCUUUAACUGUAUCGCACACGCUGAAAACUCCGGUCCCGCAGAGAUUCGUGCCCAAAAACUAUGUCGUCAGGAACUAUGCAAGAGAACCUCGCUCCAGAGUCGCCACAAGAACACAACCCACAUUAUGGGAGAAACUUAUGGCACCAGCUGGACCUAAUGCUUUCAGUUUGGGAAAGGGUGCAUUGGCAGGUGCAUCAGCUGUAGGCCUUGUGGCACUUUGCUACUAUGGAUCUGGUGUGAAGCCUGGCACUUUACAGGAGGCGCAUAUCUGGCCACAAUAUGUAAAGGAUCGCAUCAAGGCUACAUAUGGAUAUAUUGCUGGCUCUCUGGUUCUAACUGCUGGUAGUGCAAUCACAGUAUUUAGAACUCCUGCACUACUCAAUUUGGUCACAAGAAAUGGAUGGAUGUCAAUAAUAGUAACAAUGGGCUUAAUGAUUGGAUCUGGUAUGGUUGUGCGGGGCAUGGAGUAUAAGCCAGGAGUUGGAGCUAAACAAUUGGCAUGGAUGGUGCACACUGGCAUCAUGGGUGCAGUUAUUGCACCUAUUUGCUUCCUCGGUGGGCCUAUCCUUAUGAGGGCUGCUUGGUACACGGGAGGCGUGGUGGCGGGCCUCAGCACGUUGGCGGUGUGUGCGCCGUCGGGUGAGUUCUUGAAUAUGCGCGCACCGCUGGCAAUGGGUCUGGGCGCCGUGUUCGCCGCUUCGCUCGCCGGAAUGUUCCUACCGCCAACAUCCGCACUUGGCGCAGGACUUUAUUCUCUCAGUUUGUAUGGCGGUUUGAUAGUAUUCAGCGGUUUCCUGUUGUACGAUACCCAAGCUAUUAUAAAGCGUGCAGAGAUGCAUCCACCUUAUGGCUACCAACCCUAUGACCCAAUCAAUUCGGCCAUUUCCGUAUAUCUGGACGUACUCAACAUUUUCAUGCGCAUCGCUAUGAUUUUAUCAGGCGCCGGCGGCAACAAGAGGAAGUAGAUUACGUGAUAUUUAAAUUCAUUCGAUAGACUGUAUACUUAUAUAGUCACACAUAGUGCUAUGUUCCGAUAUUUAAAUAAUUAUUGUAUAAUCAAUAAAUUAUUUCAAUCAACUUGUAGUCUCUGGCUCGAGUGUCUUGAAUGUGAUAUUAUUGUGUAGGCUAAUGUUGUCCCGGUGUAACACUUGGUGGAAAUAAAUUAACAAGUUAUACGUAGCUGAAAAA